GUGAUGUUGCUUGGAGACUCGGGCGUGGGGAAAACCUGUUUCCUGCUCCAGUUCAAAGACGGAGCCUUUCUCUCCGGGACCUUCAUAGCCACCGUGGGCAUAGAUUUCCGGAACAAAGUGGUGACCGUGGAUGGUGUGAAGGUGAAGUUGCAGAUCUGGGACACGGCAGGACAGGAGCGUUUCCGCAGCGUCACCCAUGCCUACUACAGGGAUGCCCAAGGUGGCAAUGCCUCUUCCCUUCCAGCCCUGCUCUUGCUCUACGACAUCACCAGCAAGAUGUCCUUUGACAACAUCCGUGCCUGGCUGACGGAGAUCCAUGAGUAUGCCCAAAAGGAUGUGGUCAUCAUGCUGCUGGGCAAUAAGGCUGAUGUGGGCAGUGACAGAGUUGUGAGGACAGAGGAUGGAGCAUCGCUGGCCAGGGAGUACGGGGUGCCUUUCAUGGAGACGAGCGCCAAGACGGGCAUGAACGUGGAGCUGGCCUUCCUGGCCAUUGCCAAGGAGCUGAAGCAGCGCUCAGCACAGCUGCCGGAUGAGCCCCGCUUCCAGAUCCACGACUACAUCGAGUCACAGAAGAAGAAGUCCAACUGCUGUGCCUUCGCCUGA